AACAAUUCACACAUGAUGAACCAUUUCAAUCCCUGUAAAACAUGUUAUACGUUGUUGUUUCUUCUCUCGAUCAUCCCGUUUUCGUUUUCCGAGAUCAAGAACACUCGGGUUCUGGAUGAUUAUCGGACGAUGAUCUUAUUCGAGAGCUUCGGAUUCGGUAAACACGGCCAUGUAUCGAUCUCGGUGACCAACGUUUCGUUGGCGGCGAGGCACGGAAACACGAAAUUCAACCCUUCUUUGAUGGGGUUCUUCGUUGCGGACGUCCCUUCGUUCCGAAGUAUUUGGAACUAUUCGAUGCAUGAUAGAACAUUUUGCGUUUUAACGAGUCGGUAUGCGAAGCUCAUAUUCAAGUUUGAUAACCUUAAACCGGACUCGACGUACACCGGUUCGAUCGAAAUUGGUGAACCGAACGAAUACAAUUUGGUGUUCGGGAACUGUCAGCCGGACGUCGAAGUAUCGAUGCACGUUCAUACGGAGAUGUACAACCUUAAAGAUGGCGAAAAAGAUUUCUUGUCGGCCGGAAAAACGCCGUUGCCGAAGUUUUAUUUUCUCUUGUUUUUAGUAUAUGCAGCGUUUUUCAUUGUAUGGGUCAUUGCAUGUAAGAACGAAUGGCCUAGGGUUGAGAAGAUACAUAUGAUAAUGGGUGCAUUGCUUCUUUCCAAGUGCCUAAAAAUGAUAUGUGCCUCCGAAGACACGACUUAUGUCCGAAAUACCGGCACCCCCCACGGUUGGGACGUCGCGUUUUACGUGUUCGGAUUCUUCAAAGGCAUCAUGUUGUUCACCGUAAUCAUCUUAAUCGGCACCGGCUGGUCGAUACUCAAACCCUACCUCCAGGAACGAGAGAAACAAGUCCUGAAGACGGUGAUCCCGUUACAAGUCCUUGAGAACAUUGUAUACGUCGUGAUAAACGAGACCGGUCCGGCGACGAGGGAUUGGAUGACGUGGAACCAAUUGUUCCUAUUGAUCGACAUCGCGUGUUGUUGCGUCGUGUUCUUCCCGAUCAUCUGGUCGAUCCGGAGCCUGAAAGAGGCGUCGAAACGGGACGGAAAAGCCGCUAAAAACCUCGAGAAACUCACACUCUUCAAGCAGUUCUACAUAGUGGUGAUAGUCUACUUGUAUUUCACUAGAAUCGUGGUGUCCGCCAUUGGAGCAUUCUUGAAUUACAGGUUCGCGUGGCUGGUCACUGUGCUGGAAGAAGGCGCCAGCUUGGUUUUCUAUGGGUUUAUUUUCUAUAAUUUUCAGCCGACGGAGAAGAAUCCAUAUCUGGUGGUUAAUGAUGAGGAAGAAGAGAAUGCAGCUGCUCAAAUGAUGGAAGAAGACGAUGAUGAUCCAUUUGAACUAUAGUGUGUGGUGGUGGGGAUUUUGUUUCAAGACUAGAUUUGUAAUAAUCUUGAAUUAAAACUAAUUAGGGUUU